AUGCUUUCGAAGGGGUACUGGCCCUUUCUGCAGGUGGCGUGCCGGCGCGUCGUUCACAGCACGGCCUUCGAAUUCUUGAUCUUGGCCGUGAUCAUUGGCAACUCGGUGGUGAUCGGAGUCGAGAGCCAGCUGGGCCUGAAUGAUGAGGAGCUCGCCUGGGGUGCUACGGCAGAGAACUUCUUCCUGGCGGUGUACAGCAUCGAGAUCCUGAUGCGCCUGGUCGCCGGCAGGUUUCGCAUCACUUGCGACGGCUGGUUCUUCUUCGAUGUGCUCCUCGUGGUGAGCUCCUACUUGGAGCGGAUCAUCGAGCUGAUUUCCGGCGAAUCUGCCGAGCAGCUCAUGCUUCUCCGGCUCCUGAGGCUGAUCCGCCUCGUGCGAACCUUCCGCAUGGUCCGGCAGGCUGUGCUCUACGUCUUUGGGGUCCUCGGCCUGGAAAUCAUCGCCACGAAUAGUCACUUCAAGGACGACCCGGUGACCAGCGCGAUCCUGCAGAGGAACUUCAGCUCCCUGGGCGUGGCCAUGAUCACCUUGGCGCAGUUUGUGACCAUGGACUCCAUCGCGGCCAUCUACCUGCCCUUGGUGAGGAUCCAACCGUGGCUCAUGCUCUACUUCACCAUGCUGAUCUUCAUCGUCUCCAUCUCCGUCAUGAACUUGGUCACCGCGGCCCUGGUGGAGGGCACGUUGGAGAAUGCCCGCAUGCUGCGACAGGAGGAGGAGCGCAUGAGGAGCGUGAGCACUCAGCAGAUGCUCCCUGAGAUUCUGGAACUCUUCGAUUUGGCUGAUGCCGAUGGGAGUGGCGAGCUGGCCAUUGAAGAGAUGCGCCAGUUUGAAGAAAGCGGCCACGUUCCGGAGCAGAUUUUGGACCGGGCCUCCGUGAGCAGCAUGACGGAGCUUUUUAACGUUUUAGAUGUGGACCAGUCCGGCGUCGUGACGCGCGAGGAGUUCGCGGAAGGCUUGCUGGACAUCUUCCUGCGGGAUGUGUCCGUCUCGUCACUGCAGCAGAUGAAGCUUCUGAGGGGCGUCCGCGACUCCCUGUCCCGGCUGGAGGACAGAACGGGGUCCUUCGGCCGCCUUUUUUCCUUCGUUUCCGCGCCCUUCAUGAACUUCCUUCUGAUCGCUAUCCGCGAGGAAGAAUCCAGCUUCGUGGCAGACAAGUACAGCCUGGUGGACAAAUAUGGCCCUGACCAGCUGUUUGAUGUCAACGGUCUCACAAAGGCGCUGGCGGCGGUGGUUCAGGCAGAGCAGUCACUGGUGCAGUCUCGGACGGUCUUGGCGGAAGCGGUGCAGCAGCUGCAGAGAGAAGCGCACACCUGGAAGCCAAUGGAAGCAGAUGAGGUCUCCGCGAUGAAGCCUUCAACAGCAGAGUCGGGACCCGUUGUGACUUCUGUGGCUUCCAAGCAGUUCUCAAGGCAGUUCUCCGAACAGGCCGCAUCGCCUUCCAUGGCUCGGCUGCCCACGUGGGAGCUCGAGGCCUCGACCUCUGGGAAGGAGUUCGCCCUGCCCACGCGGUCCUCCCAGCUCCGGCGGAUGAAGACGGGCCAGGCCCUGCUCUCGAACCUGGAGAAGGAGAUCCCGCCCAUCUCGGCGGGCCUGAGGCCAUUCCUGCAGGCGGUGUGCCGCCGCGCCAUCGGCUCCAUCGCUUUUGAGUUCGUCAUCCUCGGGGUGAUCAUCCUCAACUCGGUCCUGAUCGGCGUUGAGAGCCAGCUGUCCCUGAACGGGGAGGUCUUGGAUUGGGCUCCGGUGGCGGAGAACUUCUUCCUGGCUGUGUACAGUAUCGAGAUUCUCGCGCGCCUGGCCGCGAGGAGGCCCGGGACAGGCUUCGACGGAUGGUUUGCGUUCGACGUCCUCCUCGUGGUGAGCUCGUACCUGGAGCGCGUAAUUGAGCUGAUCUCCGGCGAAUCUGCCGAGCAGCUCAUGCUUCUCCGGCUCUUGCGCCUGUUCCGCCUCGUGCGCACCUUCCGCAUGGUGCGGCAGGUUCGGCCCUUGUUUCGCCUCGUGCACGGGCUGAUGACGUCCCUGGACACGGUUCUCUCCACGUUCCUGCUUCUGGCGCUGGUGCUCUACGUCUUUGGGGUGCUGGGUUUGGAGCUCAUCGCCACGAACCCGCACUUCCAGAACGACCCGGUGACCAACGCGAUUCUUGAGAGGAAUUUCAGCUCCCUGGGCUACACGAUGAUCACCUUGGCGCAGUUUGUGACCAUGGACUCCAUCGCGGCCAUCUACCUGCCCUUGGUGAGGGUCCAGCCACUGCUCAUGUUUUACUUCGCUGCAAUUAUCGCCGUCAUCUCUAUCUCUGUCAUGAACUUGGUCACAGCGGCUCUGGUGGAGGGCACGCUAGAGAACGCCCGCAUCUUGCGGCAGGAGGAGGAGAAGAUUCGGGCCGCUGGCACCCAGCAGAUGCUCCCCGAAAUUCUGGAGCUUUUCGACCAGGCGGACGCGGAUGGCAGCGGCGAGUUAGCCAUUGACGAGAUGCGUCAGUUUGAGGAGGCGGGCCAAGUUCCGUAUCAGAUCCUGGACCGGGCAUCGGUGACCAGCAUGACGGAGCUUUUCAACGUUUUGGAUGUGGACAAGUCCGGAGUCGUUACCCGCGAGGAAUUCGCGGAAGGGCUCUUGGACAUCUUGCUUCGAGAUGUCUCGGUCUCCUCCCUGCAGCAGAUGAAGAUUCUGCGCGGCCUGCGGGACUCGAUGUGCCGGUUGGAGGUGGAGGUGUUCCAGCUUAAGGAGCAGACCUCGGCCCUGUGA